AUGCAAGAAUUUCUUCUUUUCACUCCUGUCUACACCUUGGUUGGGAUCUACCGGUUACUGACAGACCCUUUCAUCCGAGUCUGGGAUAAAAUCCGCCAUGGAGUGCAGCGAGGAAUUCUAGUUGGCGCUAUUUGGACCAUUGGCACCUUUCGGAUUCAGCGCAUUUUUGUCUCUUUUUUCCUAAAGAGAUUUCCCCGUGCUCUGGGUUUAUCUCAUGACAAUGUGUUCGGCUACGGAAUGGAUGUUGCGACUUAUACCACACUUGUUUUAGUGUCUUCCCAAGUUCAAACUAUGGUUCGUUUCUUCCUUGGAAAAAAUUUGCAUAUCGCGCGUGAUCGAGCUUGGGACCAAGUCCUCGUUUCAAGAGGAAAAGCCAAGGAGUUCUGGGGGCCUUAUUUCGAGGAAUGGGAGAAGCCACCUCAAGUUAGUCUCGACUUUCGAGCCAGGUGGGAGAAAUGGAUUACAAGCCCAGUCGGAAGAUUAGUGAUCAGGAAAGGCACGUUUUCCAUCCCAUUGCCCAUCCCACAAAACUUAGCGAUUCCAAAACUGCUCGCAUCAGUCAUUCUUCUCCCUCUCAACCUUUACCCUAUCGUUGGACUCCUUAUCACGUCCGGAAUCAAGGCCGUGGCGACCGCACGAUAUCUGCAUGGGCCUUACUUCGAGUCUAAAAAGAUGUCCCCUCACGAAGUAGCCGUCUUCAUGGCGGAACGGAAAAGCGACUAUUACUCAUUUGGAUUCGCCGCAGCCUUGUUGGAGUCCAUUCCACUUGUAGGAAUUUUCUUCUCGAUUUCGAAUAGGAUCGGCGCUUGCAUGUGGGCUUUCGACCUCGAGAAACGGCAGCAUCGAUUCCAUUCUGGUGAGCUCAAGCGUGUGCCUGCCGUCUCGUCAGCGCACUAG